UGAAAAUGCAUUUCUUCCUCCUCACCAUCGUUGUCACUUUGACAGCAUCCAUGUCUGUCAAUGCAGCAACUCCAUGUGUGCCUCACAACGAUCCCGAAGCGACUUGCCAGACAAAUAGCGAUUGCUGCGAUGGCUAUAUUUGUUUCUAUCGUAGUGUGAGUAUGAGCAGGUCACUGUGCUUCCAUGGCUCACCUGUGCACCAUAGGAGCCGGGAUCAGGCAAGAUCUGCCAGUAGUAGUCGAUUGAGGAUCGAGCCAGCAGCCCGAGAGACACGUCGCGACAGUGAGUCAUGUUUCUGUUUUCGCGUUGGUAUUAUCAGGGUUGAUGGUACAACAUCAAAAAAAAGAGAUCAUAUCAAACAAUGGAUCCGAUAUUGCAUAUUUUUUUGGAUACAAGAAUAGAAGCCCCCGCACCGCGAAUAAGUAUUUGAAACGGUGAGCAGACGAUGACCAGUUACCAAGUCCGCAGCAUACCAUUCUUGAGUUCCAUCAGCUCACGAGUCGAGGGCUCCAAACAAUGAUUGAUUUGCUGGAUGUUCGGCUCCUUUGGUCCCGGCAUGAUUGCUGCGCAUAUAACAUUGACC